CCGGUCCGCCGCAUUAUGAAUGACACUGGGAGGGGGACUUGCAGACACGUUGCCUCUUCUUUAUUUUCGCCCUUUCCCCAGCUCAGGUCCUCGCUGGAAGCGAGUGCUCCUCCUCAGGCCGCGGCUUCCAGAAGUAGCUUCGGAAUCCCGGCUCGAGCUGGGCGGGAAGGCGCGGUGGCCCGCGUCGCCCGCAUGCUCCCGCGCCCUCCCUGCCUGGCCGCGCCCCUGCGACCAGGUGAUCCAAUGACAACAGAAAAUGAAAAGCAUUAAGGAAAACGCUGUGGAAUCUCUGUACCUGGAGUACUCUCACCAAAUAGAAGGGUGCAUCUUUCCUCUCCACACAUCUGUAACUUUGUUCUUACUGUCGUACUGUGAAUGCAAGGUCUUUAACGUUUACCUAGUCCCUACUGAAGAAGGUGCAGACACUUCAUUCCUAACAGAGGCCCUGCCCCAGGACGUGGAGGCAGAGGUUCUCUCAAAGCAGGCCCUCCCUCCGAUAGUCCAGAGCUGUUGUCUGCCCGCCGUGGUCAACCAGCCUGACACUUUUUGUAGAGCAGGUCUUGCUGUUGUCCUGAGACACAUAAUCCAAAAAUCCUAUGAAGCCGAGCCCUCGAGAAAAGAAAUUUUGGAACUUCUGGGUUUUAAAAAGACUUGCUUGAAGGCCUGUGCUGAAGUUAGUCAGUGGACCAGGCUAUGUGAACUCACCAUCCCUUUGGCUGUUGAGAAUUUUCUCCAAGAGUCCUCUGACGAUCCCCCAACCAUCCCUGAAGAAAUACUAGAGCUCGAGAGAAAGCUCAGCGAGCCAGUCAGAGUACACAAUGAUGACAAACUCCGACGACAGAAGCUGAAGCAACAAAAGGCGUCUAGCAGUGAGCCUCCCUCUGGUAAGGGAAAAGCGAAGACCAAGGUGCGUGCACACAAGACACCCAAAGAUGUGGCUGGUUCGUCCAAGAGUCUAGAGCUGAAGGUGGCCUUCUCCAAGCUCACCGUGCAGGAAGAUGCAGAAGCUACCAACAGGGAGCCUUCUCACAUCAGGAAAGCAACGGCUUCUGAGCUCCCGCCUCUGGAGCACGUGUUUGCAGAAGGGCUGUACUUCACUCUGGCAGACAUCGUGCUUCUGCCCUGUGUUCACCACUUUUUGGUAAUGAUCUGCAAGAAAUUUUCUGAGAAGCUGGAACAGUUCCCACUCCUCACCUCUUGGUAUCAGAGGAUUCAGGAAGUGCCAAAAGUCAAAACAGCAGCCUUUAAGUGUGGGAUCUGCUUUCUGGAUUUACCAGAAUUGCUGACCCCUGAAAGUAAAGAGCCUGUGAAUUCCAGUGACACAACUUCUGUAGACGAGCAGAGUGACCCUUUGUUUGUAGGAGGACCAAGGCCAACUAUGACCAAGUUAAUGGAAAAGGGCAUUGAAGCCAUGUUUUCUCCGCACCCUUGUCCUGCUUGGACCCUUGACUGGAGCAACCUUCCUGCCGCGGUCAGCCCGAAGGAAGGUAAAAUGUCCACUGAUCGAGCUUUGAGGAAGCAGCAACAAUUAAACAACCUCGCCUAUCUGGUGCUCGAUCGAGCCAAACCUGGUGACAGAAUUGUGGAUUUCUGCAGUGGUGGGGGCCAUGUUGGAAUUGUUCUCGCGCAUGUGCUACCCUUGUGCCAGGUCACAUUAAUAGAGAACAAGGAAUUAUCAUUAAUUCGUGCUAAGAAGAGAAGUGACGAACUUGGUUUAAGCAAUAUCUGGUUCAUUCAAGCAAAUAUGGAGUAUUUUACAGGAGUGUUUGACAUUGGGGUGGCCUUGCACGCUUGUGGAGUGGCAACAGACAUGGUGAUCCAGCGCUGCAUCCAAACACGAGCUUCCUUCGUCACGUGCCCCUGCUGUUACGGGUUCAUUCAGAACACGUCAAAGUUUAAUUUCCCAAAAAGUCAAAAAUUCAAGAACACUUUAUCAUACAAGGAACACAUGCUCCUCUGCAGAUUUGCAGAUCAGACAGCUAUGCAGCUGCCACCCCAGCGGAGACUCAUAGGGAAGCAGUGUAUGUGCCUGGUGGAUCUGGACCGUGCAACAGCAGCAGAAGAACAGGGCUACUCUGUCCAAGUGAUUUCUAUGGAGCCAGAGAGCUGCUCUCCCAAAAAUAACAUGAUCGUGGGUGUCCCCGUGUAGAGUGGGGCACACACACUUGAUGCUUUGCCAUUGGCUUCAUGAGGAGCGCCCAGGGGCAUUCAGGAAGUUGUUGGUGUGUUAGUGGAAGCAGCGCUGAGUGUCUUGAGCCUGUUGAAAAAGCUACAGGAAGAUCUAGGGAUGCUGUGGCUCUGUGUGCAGAAGGAUGACUGCCUUGCUCGAGGGAAUCCCCUGAAGCCUUAGCUGCCAAAAGAAUCGUUCUCAGUGGCCAAGAUUCCGUCAGCAGAACCAUUUUCCUCAGACCUGUUCCUGAUCGUGUCAGGGGGAUACUCAAGCUAUGCGCUCACAGCCUUCAUUUUAUAACCUUUUGAUAUUCAUACUUGGUGAUCAAAACUGAACUCGAGGUGGUUGUGGUUUUUUAUAGUUUUAACAAUGUAUCUUUUCUAUAGAUUUUUUAAAUCUAGGAUGGUAAAUUUGAUGUGAUUUUUCCUUUUUUUAAAUCUGAGAUUGGUUGAAUUUGCAUAUCAUGUACUAUCCUCCUUUAAAUAUAUGUCCCAUAAAUUAACAAAUAAGUUUAUUGCUGGUUGAAGACUUCGCAUGAAAAUUUAUAAGUCAAUUGCACUAAAUUAUACAUUCUAAAGGUGGAAUUUAGAUAUAAAUUUUAACUGAACAGUAAAUUUAUGCUCUGUUUAGUUACAACAAGUAAAUAACAAAUGCUAGCGGUC